CACCACUGGACAUCACGUAGGCGUGUGUAGGCAGGAUAAUAACGGUAGAUAUGCGUUUGAACUGUGUUUUCGCGCCACAGCUUUGUCUGUCAUUUGCGAAGAAGAGGAGGAGCCGGGACGGAUGUUUAACCUUAUAAUUAUUCAGGUUGGAAUCCUAUAACCAUUAAAGGAAACCUCUCAUCGUGAGGCUGUUAAGGAAACCACCAGUUGUUCUGUUCCAUUCCAUGGAAGGUGAGACCAGCGGCCCCUGGUCCCAUAAACCAUCACAGCGCCUUUCAAGCAUCACAGCAGAUCAUUCAUAUGCCACAAAUCUGAGAGGGGAUGUGACUGCUAAGCCCAGAGACAUUAUGGAGAUGACUGGCAGCUGUAAUCAGCAGUAUGAGAGUGAGAUGUAUGGAGACGUUUCGUCUUCAGAUGAUGACUCUUUAAGCUUGUUGUGGGAUCGUGAGACCUGGCAAAGCAUAGAAGUAGUGGAGUACAUGGACAUUAGUGAUUUAUAUUCACAAGUUGGCAUCAAAGAGCAGAAUGAGAAAGUUGAGGUGGAGAUAAACAGACUCAAACCCCCCGAGCCAGGGAUAUCCAGCUGUACCAAGUCUGUAGCAGGCCCUGCUGAUUCUACAACCCAAUCAGGUAAUUCAAAGGCUUCGCAGUGUCUGAAAUUCACCAAGAAACAACUUAACAAGCGAGAUGCAAAGGGAGAGAAUCUUCUGCACAAAGCAUGCAAGAAAAAUGAUCUGGAACAAGUCAAAAUGCUGAUUCAGGCUGGGAUCAGUGUCAACAUGGAGGAUUAUGCAGGCUGGACAGCCCUCCAUGAGGCUUCUCUGGGUGACGAGGCAGUGGUUAAGGAGCUGCUGAAGGCUGGAGCCAAUGUCAACGCCAGAAGCUUUGAUGGUGUCACACCCCUAAAUGAUGCUGUUAUGUCUGGAAACUAUCAGGUAGUGAAGCUUCUCCUCCAGCAUGGGGCCAACCCCAGUGACAGGACUGUCGGUGGCCGGAGUGCAAUGGACAUGGCAGAGGACGAGACCAUGAAAGAGCUGCUCUCUUUCCCAGGACCUUCUGUUAUACAUGAGCUGCCUCGUGAGGCGCCUACACAUCAAGAACAACCAGCAAAGGCUUCGCAAUGUCUGAAAUUCACCAAGAAGCGACUUAACAAGCGAGAUGCAAAGGGAGAGAAUCUUCUGCACAAAGCAUGCAAGAAAAAUGAUCUGGAACAAGUCAAAAUGCUGAUUCAGGCUGGGAUCAGUGUCAACAUGGAGGAUUAUGCAGGCUGGACAGCCCUCCAUGAGGCUUCUCUGGGUGACGAGGCAGUGGUUAAGGAGCUGCUGAAGGCUGGAGCCAAUGUCAACGCCAGAAGCUUUGAUGGUGUCACACCCCUAAAUGAUGCUGUUAUGUCUGGAAACUAUCAGGUAGUGAAGCUUCUCCUCCAGCAUGGGGCCAACCCCAGUGACAGGACUGUCGGUGGCCGGAGUGCAAUGGACAUGGCAGAGGACGAGACCAUGAAAGAGCUGCUCUCUUUCCCAGGACCUUCUGUUAUACAUGAGCUGCCUCGUGAGGCGCCUACACAUCAAGAACAACCAGGUGACCCAUCUUCAGAGGCUCGGUGCCACCAGCAACUCUCCUGCCAGAGCAGCUUUAACAAGGCAAAUAAGCAAUCCAGAGAAUCAGGUGACAGAGACGGAGCCAGAGAGCCUGGUGACAUUCAGCUGAGGAAGAAAGACACCACCACGGAUUAUCUGAGUCAUCCAGAGGCCAUAACAGCAGUUUUGGAGGAGAUGGGGAAGAAACUAUUAGAGAUAUGGACUUGGCCUCUAACAGGUCCAGAGGAUGCAGGCAGAUAUAACGCUGCUCUAACACAGAUCCAGAAUGUGCUGAUGGAGGUGCUCAGCAAACACCGUAUGGAGAAGGAGAACCUUGCCCAAAAAUCCCGGAGUGUGCCCGACUACCUUCGGCACCGUGUGUUGAAAAGUCAACUCGCCUCCCUCGCUUCACGUCAGAGGAACUUGAAGGAGAUCCUCCAGUUGCAAUCGCAUUUGGUAGAGAAGUUUGUAACCAUGAAGGCCAAACUUUCCACUCAGCCUCCCAACCAUCAGGAUAGUACAGUAGUGAGACAGCAGCCAGAUCUGGUCUCCACGCCGGUCUCUUAUAAAGCUAGAGAAGAACACAGCUGCGGUCCAAAUGGUCAUAGAAAAGAAAGCCUUGAACCAUUGACACGGACCAGUGUGUUAGGAUCGAUCCUUACAUUUCCCACGCCUCCUGUUCGUUCAGCAAUGAAUGCGAGCGUCGUUAGCUAUCAGAGCAGUGCCCCACAGGCAGGAAACACUUUACAACACAUCAACUUUCAGAUGAAAGGAAACAAUGCUCUGAUACAGACAAGAGCUGAAGACAACAGCAAACAUCUCUCUUCGCUCAUCCAGAGGGGAGUUAUGGAAGUUGGAAGUCUUCAUUACUGGCUUUAUGCUAAUGUGCUAGAGGAUGGCUCAUUAAAGGACAAAAAAGGCAGGAAACACCCAACUCCAGAACAAUGGUUGGAGGUUAUCCUUGGCAACAACAUCCCUGUCAGCUCAUCCUACGCCUGGGAAAAGGUGAUGUUCAAAAACAAACCUUUGUCGCAUUACUUCUUGAACGGGCAGACUGAAGGUCCUGAGGACGAUGUCCGGCGCUGCGCGGCUGCUCCUUCUCAGCAGGCGCUGACCCCAGAGGCCGUUACCCUGAGUCUCAUGAAAAUCCAGAUAAUCCAUCUGGUGGAUGACGCAGAGCUGCUGCCCAACGCCAUGAUGGACUGUUACUGGGAGAAGCUCCUUAAGAACGACUGUUCAGAGUCUGAUGACUGGGGCACUGAAUUAUUAUAAUGAUCCCUCCACACACGUUCUCCAUAACUGUGUUUGUUUUGAGAAUUGAACUUGUGAGGUUUACUUAAUCUCUGUUUUAUGAUCAAUUCACUGUGGGUCUUAUGUGACUUUCAGACCCACGAAUGGGAUUGAAAAGUAUUUCCCUCUAUUUUAUUUAACUUCGAUCCUUUCCCACUUUACAGCUGUGAUGUUCUGUAUGUGUUUGUACUUCAGCUUUCUACCAGAAUGACACUGUCGUGUUUUACUGUAGCCAUAAACACUCAUUUCAGUGUUCUGUUCACCUGAAACCAAAGCAAUAAAGAUAAGACAGUUGA